AUGUCAGCUUUUGCUAAUCCAUUCACAUCAAGUGUUAAACCCGGUCUUUCCAAUACAAAUGGGGCCAAUCCUUUCACUACUAAUGGUGCUAGUAACACUGGAAUGGGAAGCAAUGUAUUCGGUAGACCUAGUUUUGGAGCAACAAGUUCAAUGACAGGAGGUGCUACUGCUUCUGCAUUUGGACAGCCACAAUUUGGUGCCAAUACAAAUAAUACUGGUAAUGCUCCCAUUAGUGCUUUCGGUAACACUAAUAAUGUAAUCAAACCAUCGGCAUUUGGGGCACCUGCAUUUGGCUCUAGUGCACCUGUCAAUAUUAAUACGCCCGCAACUUCAUCUGCGUUUGGAGCACCAUCAUUUGGAUCAACAAGUUUUGGUAAUACGGCGGCGAUGGGUAAUCCUUUUAGUAAAGCUCCUAGUUCAAUGGGAUCUGCCUUUGGUCAAACAGGAUUUGGAGCGAAUGGAACUGAUACUACUUCUAGUUCUACAAACCAUAGUAAUAACUCUGCAUUCGGCACUACCCAAAAUGUGCCAUUAACGGCCUCUUCUCCUUUUGGUUCACUGCAACAAAACUCAUCUCAGAAUGCAUCAGCUACAUCAUCAGUAUUUGGCAAACCCGCUUUCGGCACAGCUGGUAAUACACAGUCACCAUUUAGUGCCAUUCAAAACUCUAGCACAACUACUGGAACAGGAGCAUCCCCUUUCGGUUCGUUUGGCACUAACAACAGUAACAAAUCGCCUUUUGGUGAUCUUCAAAAUGGAGCGGCUGUUGGUACGUCACCGUUCGGUCUCACCAAUUCCAAAACCAACAACAACAACGAAAGUAGUCCAUUUGGAGCUACGGAUAAUCAAGCCUCAAUCAAACAAUCUGCUUUUGGCCAAGGCACUAGUGGCAGCUUCGUUUCUGCACCAUCAAACCCCGAUAUGAAUACAAAUACAAACUUCCAAUCUGCUUUUGGUAAUAAAGGAUUUUCAUUUGGAAUUGCGCCACAGAAGGAUACUAACAAGGUAUCAACCACUAGUUCUACAUUCGGCCAAAUACCGAAUACAAAUAUAGAGAAUAAUAGUGGCAGGUCGCCUUUUGGGUUUGGACAGCAACCGAUGAGUAUCAAUACAGCAUCUUGUAAGACUAGGUUUGUUCAAGGAAUUCCUUCUGAAAAAGAUGGCUUUCUGGAGUUGGCUGAUCUUGCAGAGGAAACAUUAAAAAUAUUUGAAGCAAAUAAGUUUGAACUAGGUCUUGUCCCUGAUGUCCCUCCGCCACCUGCACUAGUUGCAUAG